CGACAGUAUCCACCUUGUCAUAUCGUCAUUCAGAGUGCAUUGAUUCCAUCACAUUAUUAAUCGAAUGCACUGCCAUCCAACCACCGUAUAUACCUUCUCCACCCGAGCAACCGUUGUCUGCGAAGUGGGAACCCUGAAGCGCAACAAGAACAAACCCUCGCUUUCAGGCAUCUUUAUUGGCCGGUUUUGGUUUGACCAAAGAGGUACUUAAUACUCUCCAAAGUACCAGGUUGACUGGAGUAUCUCCUGUCACCAGAUCAAACCUUUGGAUCCUCUGUUCUUAGUGGCCCAGUCUAUCAAUUUGGGUUCUGUCUAUUGCCUAGUCUGCCCCGCCCAUCACAUACAUCCGAUGCACCGGAAUAGAAUGGAGCACCGGAUCAGGCAUCCAAAUCGACAACAACGGUGUGAAUAAGACAAAGUGGACUAACAGUUGGCUGUGUAUGCCUUGAUAUUUUUAUAUCAGGCAAACCUGCAGCAUCCAGCCACCCACCUGCAGCCCAAGACCAGCAUGAUGGUGGUGCAAGGCAUCCAUCCGUCGACUGUUUCUGGAGCCGGUGGAUCAAUCACAUUUUUCUACCCAAGAGCUGGUCAUGUAUGCCCUAUGUCGGGGUCCCCGUGCGAAAAUUGCACAUGCCUCAUCGCCUAUAAUGUAGGGACUGAAAAAAGGCAUGUGUGAUUGUUCGUCGAGGCUGCCCUGUUGUCAGGACUCUAGAGUAUGCAGGUUCAUCGGCAAGUUCUCCGGGGCUGACAUGAAGCAGCCAGUCAGAACGUGGGGGAUAGAAAGUGAUCAGACGAGAUCUUACCGGAGUGGUAGACCGGCAUGCCAUUCUGAAACAACCUACUUUCUGACACUCUCUCCCUGCAGUCCCGUGAUUGGUUCCUAUGCCAAACACUCUACAGUUGGCAGUGUAUACCUGUCGAACUACAUGAUAUGGUGGUUAUUCGAUGUCUACAGGUUUCCUCAACAAUACUCUAUUACCGUGGCGUCGUCAACACUGCGUGCUCUGUAUCUCGCCGAAGAAUGUCUCCGAGGCCUGUUUGUCUCGCCUACAGUACAACAGUCAAUCUCUGCAGUAGCCAAGUCUGGUCGAGCAUUGCACAGGAUUGUUUGUAAUUACUAAUAUGCUAGUUUCACCUGCAAAGUAACGGCGAAUGCGACAUUGUGUGAUACACCUCUCGGGUUAGAUGUCCUACAGAGAUUUACGCGUCUGUGGACUUCUGAAGAGCAGAACAUGGAGUUAAUCAU